AUGAAAGACCAACGAGAGCUCGCCGACCAGUCCAAGCAUUGUCGCUUUCACGAGCAAAGUGGGCAUGACACCGAAGACUGCCGCGAACUCAAACGGCAGAUCGAGGAGCUUGUCCGCGGGGGUCACCUUAGUCGGUACAUCCGACGUAACAUGGAGCCCUCGCCUCGCCCGGAGGGCCCCGCGGAGUGCCGCAUCGAUGUCAUCACUGGAGGACCGGCAGUUGGGGGAACCAGCAUGUCCGGGAGGAAGGCAUACGCCCGUUCCACCAGGACUGACGUUCCCCAACGUAGCCCCGACCCCAAGGUCGCAUUCCUUCCCGAGGACGUCAAGAGACCAGACCAUGACAACGCGCUUGUGAUAAUGGCUCGAAUCGCUAACGCCCAGGUAAGGAGAAUCAUGAUCGACACCGGGAGCUCAGCCGACAUGCUCUAUCUGGAUGCCUUCCUGAAGUUAGGGCUAACCAAAGAAUCCUUGAAGCCUAUCUGCUCGGCGCUCACGGGAUUCACCGGCGAUUCAGUCUCACCAUUGGGGACCGUUACCUUGCCCCUGACCUUGGGAGCGCCGCCCAGAACAAAAACGAUGAUGUCCACCUUCUUGGUGGUAGAUCUUCCUACUACUUACAAUGCCAUCCUUGGCCGCCCCACCCUCAACAAAAUCAGAGCUGUAGUCUCCAACUAUCAUCAGACGGUGAAGUUUCCUACCCACGCCGGGACAGGGGAAGUUUGGGGAAGCCCCCAAGAGUCCAGACGAUGCUACCUGACGGCGGUUUCGCUACACAAAAGGGCGAAGACCGACCAACCUCUAGAGGACCCGAGAGAAAAGAAGCAAUCGACACCACAUCCGGAGCCAACGUCGGCCACUUGCAAUGUAUCGUUGAUGGAGGAUCGCCUGGAUCGGACGGUCCAGGUCAGGUCGGAACUCCCCGGGCAGGAACGGGAGCAGUUCGUCAGUUUCCUGCAGGAGAACGUCGAUGUCUUUGCCUAG